UAAGUGGUAACGGUUCAAUGAGUGAAAGAGGGGCACCAGUAAGGCAUGUUUUCAAAUAGGACAGUUUUAUCGAUUCUGAGAGGGUUGACAUAUCGCCUACCGAGGCCUGAAACUGGUUCCAAAAUGAUAAGAAUUCCGUACACUUUCCGGAAAAUUUGGGUAGGUCCAUGCGAGGGAGAUGAGAGUGGGACACUUGAGAGGUAGGUUUCGUGAGGGCUCCUUCUAAAUUAGCACGGGCAGUACGUAAAGUUCGGUUGUACCUUUUUAGCUCAUUCAUAAUUCUUAUAUAGGAAGUAUCCUGCUGGAAAUUGUCAUAAAUUGGAGUGUCUUGGGCUCUUUCGUUUCCUGUCAUGGAAGCCCUUAGGGACAUCCACCCAUUAUGUGCAAUUGUAAGAUCAUCCAGGAUCUCAGCUAAGUUUUGUUGGACAAUAUCGAGGGAUUUUAUUGUAGCUUCUACGCAAUUUUGGAAUUGUUUUUCGGAAUUUAGAGGGUCUUUUAUGGGAAUGGGAAAUUGUUUAUUUUGUUGCAAAAUUAAUUCCGCAUCAGUACAUGAUUGGGUUAAUUGCCGCUGGAAGGCUUGGGACAUUCUUAAUUAUAGUUAAUAUAAGAAUUAAGCGGUUAAAUGUAGAAGUAUUAUUGGAAGAAAUUAAA